CAGACAGAGAAAGAGGGGGGGAAUUGUUUGUGUUUUUUGCAUUCGAGAGAUUAAAAGAAGAAUAAAAAGGGUGGAGGAGGAUUGCGUGUUGUGUUCCUCACUCGCAGUUUCCUCCUCCAUUUUAUUAUUAUAUUAUUAUUAUUAUUUAUUAUAAUGGUGAUGCUGCUGCUGCUGCUUGAAUGAAUUUUGGAAACAAAUAACAAGAAACAAAAUUGUGUGCGUGUGUGUGUGUUGUGAAAGAGAUCUGGUGAGGAAACAUAUCGAAUAACAAAAAGGGAAAUUGUUUAAAUUAAAAAGAAUUUAGGGUUACGAUUUGAUUUUUUCAUUUCAUUGAUUUCUUGGGAUAAAAUGAAUAUGAUGCGUCGUUUGAAGAGUAUGGCCUCUGGUCGUACUUCCAUCUCCGAUUCCAACAACGGAGGAGGAGAUGGUAACCAAAAAAAGGGAAGGCACGGAUCAUCAAACAGUCAGCCAGGGAGUGCGAGGGCUGUAAGGAAGUCUUCUACCAUGCAGCCCAACGCUACUGGUGCAAGGCCCGCACCUGUAAAAUCUGAUUUUUACAGCCUGCCCUCUAAAUUGCAUGGAAUGAAUAUCACGGAAGAUAAACCAGCUGCUGCUACCGAUGACAAGGAUUUCGAGGCAACUCUUGUGGAUGGUAGUAGUACCGAAACAGGUGAAAUUAUUGUGACUUCAGUUGGUGGUAAAAAUGGAAAACCAAAGCAGACUUUCUCAUACAUGGCAGAGCGUGUCGUUGGUACUGGUUCAUUUGGUGUUGUCUUUCAGGCCAAAUGCCUUGAAACAGGUGAAUACGUCGCUAUAAAGAAGGUUCUACAAGACAAGCGAUACAAGAAUAGAGAACUUCAAAUCAUGCGUUUGUUGGACCAUCCAAACGUUGUUCAGUUGAAAAAUUGUUUCUAUUCAACCACUGAUAAAAACGAAGUCUACUUGAAUGUCGUUUUGGAAUAUGUUCCUGAAACCGUCUAUAAGAUGUCUAGGCACUAUGUCAGGGAGAAUCAUCACAUGCCUAUGCUAUAUGUGCAAUUGUACACAUAUCAGAUCUUCCGUGGGCUUAACUACAUUCACAAUGUCAUUGGUGUAUGUCAUCGUGAUAUUAAGCCACAAAACUUAUUGGUUAAUCCACAUACUCAACAGCUUAAGCUAUGUGAUUUUGGAAGUGCAAAGAUGUUGGUACCUGGGGAACCAAAUAUUGCAUACAUCUGCUCAAGAUAUUAUCGGGCUCCUGAAUUGAUCUUUGGAGCUACAGAAUACACCAACGCUAUUGACAUGUGGUCUGCAGGUUGCGUUUUGGCUGAGCUACUCCUUGGACAGCCUCUUUUCCCUGGUGAAAGUGGCAUAGAUCAACUGAUAGAGAUUCUCAAGAUUUUGGGAACACCAACACGUGAAGAAAUCAAGUGCAUGAAUCCUAAUUACAAUGAGUUCAAAUUCCCACAGAUCAAGGCUCAUCCAUGGCAUAAGGUAUUCAAAAAGCGGCUGCCAACUGAAGCAAUUGAUCUUGUCUCGCGCUUGCUACAGUAUGCACCAAAGUUGCGAUGCACCGCUUUGGAGGCCUGCACUCAUCCCUUCUUUGACGAAUUAAGGGACCCAACUACAACUCUGCCAGAUGGCAGACCUCUCCCUCCUCUAUUUAACUUCACACCACAAGAGAUUGCUCAUGCAUCUCCGGAACUACUUCAACGAUUGAUACCCGAACACGCCAGACAAUAAAUUAUGUUAUGUCAUGAAGAGAGCGUGUCUUGUUCAUAGGUGUUUUGGAAGUCUGGGUUUUUGAACAGUUGCCCAUAAUAGUCGUUAUACUUGCUCUUUCUUUCUUUUGGUGCUACACUAUCUAAUCAUGUUUUUUGGGUCAGUUUUAUAUUUAACUGUAACGAAUUGGAAGAUUAUUAUACAUCUUCCUCGUAUAGAUAUGGUGUAGCUAAGUUCAAUUUGAGAGCUUACGACCUGGAAACUCACCUCUAAUGAAUUUGAUUUUUUCGUUUUUUACA